GCUAUUUAUUUAAAAGCCGCACUAAUCUCCACACAACAUAGAGGAGAGAGAAAAGCAGAACCUCUCAAUCAUCAAACAAUGGCGAGCCAAUUUCUACCUUCAACCAAAUACUCGGACUGUCUCACAGUCGUCGGAAUCUCAAUCUGCACCGCAAUAAUCUGCGAAGCAAUCUCCUACCUCUUAAUCUACCGUACGAAUUCCUACAAAUCCCUAAAAUCCUCCAUCGACAAAUCCUCAAAAAAACUCGAAACCUUGAAAACUCAAGAUUCAAUAAACAAGAACAAAACCAAGAAGAAGGAUCGAGUAGAAACCAGUCUUAAAGACGCAAGCCGAGAUCUGUCACUCUUCAAGUUCAAAUCCGGCGCAGUCGUUGCGCUCGUUCUCUUCAUGGUUUUCGGAUUGCUCAACUCAUUGUUUGACGGUAAAGCCGUGGCUAAAAUUCCAUUCGUCCCGAUCAAACUUGUGCAGAAGAUGAGCCACCGUAAUCUUCCUGGCGAUGAUAUGACGGAUUGUUCAAUGGCGUUUCUGUACUUGCUUUGUUCGGUUAGUAUUCGUACUAAUCUGCAGAAGUUUCUAGGAUUUUCGCCGCCUCGUGGCGCUCCUAGUAUGGGGCUUUUCCCUAUGCCUGAUCAGAAAACUAGUUAGAAGAUUUUGUUCUAGUUUCUUAUUUUGAUCUGAUGUAAGAUUACAUUCUAUAUUUGUUAAAGUUUUUUUAAUAUUUAUUAUCAGUUUCUGGGUUA